UCUGCCUCUUCCCACCGUAGCGGCUCUCUUGUGUUCUUCACAUUUAUUUUUGCGUUUUCGCGAGGAACCCGGGUGUGGUUUGUUUCUUGGCUGGGUUUUUUUUUUUUUUUUUUUCUUGUUUUUUUUUUUUUUUUUCCUCCCGUUCUGCUGUGACCGGCCGGAGGGAUUAAGGGGAGAUCAAUGAAGGAAAGAAGAGCGAGCCAGAAGUUAUCGAGCAAGGCGGUGAUGGAUCCCAACCAGAACGUGAAGUGCAAGAUCGUGGUGGUGGGGGACAGCCAGUGCGGGAAGACGGCGUUGCUCCACGUCUUUGCCAAGGACUGCUUCCCCGAGAGCUACGUCCCCACCGUGUUCGAGAACUACACGGCCAGUUUCGAGAUCGACACGCAGCGCAUCGAGCUCAGCCUCUGGGACACCUCGGGGUCUCCUUAUUACGACAACGUCCGCCCGCUCUCCUACCCAGACUCCGAUGCUGUCCUGAUCUGCUUUGACAUCAGUCGGCCAGAAACCCUGGAUAGUGUCCUAAAAAAGUGGAAAGGGGAAAUCCAGGAGUUCUGCCCCAACACCAAGAUGCUUCUGGUGGGCUGCAAGUCGGACCUGCGCACCGAUGUCAGCACGCUGGUGGAGCUCUCCAACCACAGGCAGACCCCCGUGUCCUACGACCAGGGUGCAAAUAUGGCCAAACAGAUUGGAGCAGCCACAUACAUCGAAUGCUCAGCCUUACAGUCAGAAAACAGUGUCAGAGACAUUUUUCACGUCGCCACCCUGGCGUGUGUGAACAAAACAAACAAAAAUGUGAAACGAAACAAAUCUCAGAGGGCCACAAAGCGAAUUUCACACAUGCCUGGCAGGCCAGAACUGUCCACAGUGGCCACGGACUUGAGAAAGGACAAAGCAAAGAGCUGCACGGUGAUGUGAAGGAGCUGGGAUUUCCUGGAGGAGGAGGAGGAGGAGGAAGAUGAUCCAGGAGGGAUUGGAGCUCAAUGAAGUCACAGCCACAGGGUGUUUAAUGAGGGCUUUGCCAGUGCUUUCAUGGAGACUUCUCCUGUUGUGUGAGACUGUACUAAAGGACUGAGCAGCAGGAAGAAAAGGCUCUGAGAGAGGUGGCAUCAGGAAUUUCUGUUGAAGACAAUGCCAAAAAAAAAAAAUAAUAAUAAAAGGGAAAAUGUUUGAAUGUGCUGAGAGAAUGAUUGGGAAAAUAACCCUGCAAAGGAGAGAUGUCAUGGACAGUGCUCGUUUCUUUUAGCAACGCUCUGCUCCUGGAUGCUGCCACUUUGAUUUCAUUCAAAUAAUACUUUAAUGGGAUUUUUUUUUUUGUAAUGAAGACAUUAUUAAUACACCCUUCUCAUUAAGGAACUAUCCCCGUGACCUUAGAGUUGGUUUUCCAAAGGAUUUGAUCUCAUUUUUUUUUUAGUAGCUGAUUGUGAAAACGGAGAGGAUACCGAGUGUCACUUAGAGGAAAACUUUGGAGCAGUCUGUGGAGUUUUGCCCUCCUGAUCCGCGGUGGGGAUGAAGACGGCUGUUUGAGGAUUCCCAGAAUUGCCGUGGAAAUGAGCUGGAUGGAAUCUGGGGGGCAGGGGAGCGUGGGGGGCCAGAGCAGCCCCUGCAGGGCUGUGAGUCGGCUGUUCCUCUCCGUGGUUGUGAUGUGGAAGUGGUGCCCAGUGCUGGUGUUGUGUGUGGGUUCAGCUGGGAGGUGCUGAGAGCUGUGAUGGCAAAUGAUCCGUACUUUCCUUUAAGCCUUACUUGCCCACCUGGGGAAGCCCCCCAAAAGAAACCCCCCCCCCACUUUGGGCUUCUCCCAGGAGCUGGAGAGCCCACGGAUCCCGCAGGAAACGCUUUGCUGGGAUGUGUGGUUGACAAAAACCAACAAAACAAAAAUACCCCUCCAAAAGCUGCGAAUGAGCCUUCUGUCACCCUCCUGAUUUCAGGGAGGAAAACGGGCUCUGAAGAACUGUGAGGCCUUAAAGGGGUCCCCAGUGGGAACUGGAUGCUGCCCUUAGUUUUAGGAUUAACACAAAAGUAUCCAGCCCCCAAUCCUGAAAUGGGGUGAACUGCUUCAGUCCAAUCCCUUUUUCUUGCUGUUGUUACACUGAAUUAAAUCAGCCUUUUUCCAAUGGUUUGUGACUCUUCCUGACCCACCAAACUUCUCCCAAAGGAAGGAGACAAAGCUCUGAGCAGGCUGGUUUUUGCUUGUGGAGGACAAGCAUUUCAUUCCCAAAUGGUGAUGCUUCAUUUUUGAAGUGUUUAAAAAGCUCUGUUCACUCGUGCAAAAGGUAAAGAUGAACUCAUAAUUAAAUCUCAGUUCUGUGUGUUCCCAGCACUUUGUUUCAUCUGAGAAGAGAAGACAAAUCUCAUUCCCCAUUCUGGUUAUUUCCCACAAAAAAAAAAAAAAAAAGAGAGAAAAAAAAAAA